AUGGUGGCCGGGGAGCUGGUGCAGGAGCACGGGCACGCGGGCCCCGGAGCCCCGGAGGACAUCACGGUCCCCGGGAGGAGCCCGGAGGACAUCACGGUCCCCGGGGGAAACGAGCCACUCGAGCCCGCUAGCGGAGCGGAGGAGAAGGAGAAAAACCAGGAGGAGAAGGAGGCUCCGCCGGAUGAGAGCGAGCUGAUGCUGCCGGGCGGCGGCGGCGCGGAGGCGGCGCGCGGCCGGGGCGGAACGCGUCUGUUCGCGCGGCGCUUCGCGGUGCUCGCCGUGUUCAGCCUGUCCUCGCUGGUCAACGCCUUCCAGUGGAUCCAGUACAGCAUCAUCGCCAACGUGUUCACGCACUUCUACGGCGUGUCCAGCAGCCAGGUGGACUGGCUGUCCAUCGUGUACAUGGUGGCCUACAUCCCGCUCAUCCUGCCGGCCACCUGGCUGCUGGACCGGCGCGGCCUGCGGCUCACCGCGCUGCUCGGCGCCGGGCUGAACUGCGCAGGCGCAUGGCUCAAGUGCGCCAGCGUCGGGCCGGGGCUGUUCGGCGUCACCGUGACCGCGCAGGUGGUCUGCUCCGUGGCGCAGGUCUUCAUCCUCGGCCUGCCGUCCCGCAUCGCCUCGGUGUGGUUCGGCCCCCGGGAGGUGUCCACGGCGUGCGCCACGGCCGUGCUGGGGAACCAGCUGGGGACAGCCAUAGGCUUCCUGUUGCCUCCAGUGUUAGUCCCCAACACACCUGACGAUCUGGAGCUGAUGGGACACAACAUCAGCGUCAUGUUCUACGGCACGGCCGCCGUCUCCACCGGCCUCUUCCUGCUCACAGUGUUCGUGAUAAAGGACCGCCCCCCCCUCCCACCCAGCCCGGCCCAGGCUGUUCUACCAGACUCUCCCACCGAGGAUUACUCGUACAAACAGUCCAUCCUCAACCUGAUCCAGAACAAAGCCUUCGUCUUGCUGCUCAUCACCUACGGUAUCAUGACGGGCUCCUUCUACUCCGUCUCCACUCUACUCAACCAGAUGAUCAUGGCCCUCUACGAGAACCAGGAGUUGAACGCUGGGCGGAUUGGUUUGACUCUAGUCGUCGCUGGGAUGGUUGGAUCCAUCCUCUGUGGCCUGUGGCUGGACCACACAAAGACAUACAAGAUGACGACUCUGAUCGUGUACAUCCUGUCGUUUGUGGGCAUGGUGGUCUUCACCUUCACUCUGGACCUCCACAGCAUCAUCCUGGUCUUCUUCACAGCUGGAGCCCUGGGCUUCUUCAUGACGGGUUACCUGCCUCUGGGCUUCGAGUUCGGAGUGGAGAUCACGUACCCGGAGCCCGAGGGAACAUCGUCAGGUCUCCUCAACGCCUUCGCUCAGAUGUUCGGGAUCAUUUUCACUCUGAUUCAAGGCAAACUGAUGACAGAUUACGAUCCUCGAGCUGGAAACCUCUUCCUCUGCGCUUGGAUCUUCCUCGGAAUACUGCUUACUGCCUUGAUUAAGUCAGAACUGAAAAGACACAAUGUCAACAUGGGUGUAGACUGCGGAAACCUACAAGCAGUCCCUAGUGAGUCUCCCGAGGAGAAGACGAUACUCGACAAGAAAACCAACGGAGUCAGUCUGGCUUCGUCCCUCAGCUUCUCCCAUGAAACCUCAGUGUGACGCUGCCAAGUCCCUGAAGCACUGGUCGAACCCGAAGGCCCCCCCGCUGCCCUGGGAUACGUGUUGGCACCCACGUACUGACGAGAACCAGAGGGAGUUGGUGAAACCCUCGACCCAAAUGUUGCUCCUCUGCAGAGGGAUCCACGUCCCUCAGGCCCCAAGUCACCGGCAUAGUGAACAAAGCGUUUUCUGCACUUUAUCUGUGUUGUACUUUGUGAUUGUGGCGCUUUGCAAAUCUGCCCUCGAUGGAAAACAGACUCCAGAGGAAUCCCGGUGGUUUCUCUGGUCGGAGUC